AUGUUUUACGCCUCGGAGGAAGGGCUACGCACAGCUGAGUUAGCUGGUCGCAUGUUCUACAACCUGGGUAUCAAUUCCCACGGUGAACUGCAAGACAUACACCAACUUCAUACGGGACACGUCGGUGGCGCCUGUCUUGACAAUGAUAUAGAGGCGGCCUACUUGGGCGGUCGCAAUAGGUCGUCCGCUUAUCAGCCCUCAGGGCAGCGUUGCAAGGGCGAUCCGAAUGCGAAUCUUGUUGUGGAGGUUGCGCGACGGGAGUCCGUCCUCAGGCAGGUGUACAAUGACAAACUGCGGGGUAGCAUUCAAGCCAUUAUCACCGCACUAGCUGAUGAACUACCUCGCGACCACAUCUUCUUGCAACUUUUGAAUGAUGCGUCAACACAACAGUACUGUCGCGUUCGAGUCGGAGAAGUCGUUGAAGCAUUCCUCUUCUCAGUUCAGGCCCACCAGUACCACAACUUGGCUUCGGAGCUCGCCAAACGCGAAGUGGAGCUGCUUGCACUCGCAUCGCAGUUGGAGAUGGCAGAAAAACAACCACAUGUGUCACUUACGCCGGGAUCGGUUAAGUCAACACAAACUGAAAGCUACGAAGAAAGCAAUGGUGUCACAGAGGAAAACACGCCGUCGUGUCGCGGCACGGUCGUCGGGGACGCGACCGACGCACAGGCCGAGCUGUUUGGGCUUCUUGAUGAAAUGACUAGAGAACAUGAGCUUGCCAAGUUUCGCGAGUGCCUUUCAGCACCCACCUCAUUACUAGAAACGGUGCAGGCCGUUGACAAGUAUGCAGACAGGUACGAGUACCUUUCCGACAUUGUUUCACACCUUUUUCGCUCCAUUAGGUGCCUCGUUAUGUACGCAGAGGGAUCUCUUAAUAGUAUCUCUGCAUUGCGUCGCGGAUCUCAUAACGUAAGGGGUGUUGGCGGGAGCCGCGGUGCGAGCGCGGGACGAGAGUCAUCCUCACCCCAGUCGCCCGAACAACAUACAACAGAAGAGUGGCAACCGCUCACUUUGGGAGGCUCUCCUCCUCAGAAGGAGCAGCGCGAUUGGCAAAACGCAGAGGUACUCCGAGGGGAACGAAACAGACUAAGAACGCUGGUAGUCCGUCUGAAACACGCAGAGAGCCACUGCGGCAAUCUUAUUCAAAGUAUGUCCACUUGCCAUAUGGACCUGCGCAAGCGAAGCGAGGUGGUGAAGCAACAGACGCAGAGGCUGGCACCGGGAAGCAUAUUAAAUGUCUUCACCGACGUGUCAAGGGGAAAUGAGGAGGUGCUGGAAAAACUGGAUGGAAACAUACAUAAAACAAUCGUGACAAGGCGUAACAAAGCUGAUGAGUGCCACAAAGAGCAGCAAGAGCACCUCGUCCAAUGCACUAUUGAGCUUCAGGAGGCGCACAAAUCGCUGGCGGUAGCAAGGCAGAGGCUGCAGGUAGAAACGGAGAAGCGGGAGCUGACGGACCAAAGGCUACGGGAUGCAGUGAAGCAAUUGAAGUUGGUGGAGCAAGAGUUACAGUUGGAGAGGGAGGCACGGGCCGUCAUGCAACAAAAGUCUCGUGAAAGUGAAGAGCUUCCCGUGAGGCAAGCACUUGAAGUGGCCGAAGAGAUGGACAGGCUGCGAAUGCAACUGCGCGCCGAACGAGUCAGUGUUGUGAAUCACCGCGCGGAAGCUGUGUGCGCGCAGCUUGAGUGUGCUGUACUGAAAGCGUAUACCGCAAAAAUGGACCUACUACAGCAACAUGGUUACAUGUGGGCAGUGUUAGAACAACGGCAUGCAGUACUUUUGAGUCAAGAGGAACUCCGGCACACUCGGAAUCAGGCUUCGUCGACCACGUUAACUUUACGGGAACAGGAAGAGGUGAUGCAACACUGUUGCGAGGACUUGUGUCAGCUGUUGAGGUGCAUGCAGAGGGAUGAAGAUCAGGUGGAGUCAAGGCAGCGUGCUCUGGAAGACGGAACGGAGGCACGGAGACUGGCUAUGGUCGUGCGUAGCGAUCGGGGCGACGAUGAGAACGGCAAAAAGAAUGACAGUGAACAGGUCUCGCCCUCAUGCGACAACAUUGACGGCCAGCAGCGGGUGGAGGAGGACCACGAGGAAGGGCAAGAGGCCGUAUGGCGCCGCUACCGUACGCCCAAAACACUUCCGGGCGUGGUGGCAGGGCUUCAGAUCACCUACAGCGCGUUGCAGCGUCGUCACCUAGACGUCCAGUCUAUUGCAGAUGCCGCACAGAGCUGUGUACAGCAGCAACGUGAAGAGCUCGCCUCGCUUCACGCUCAAUUGAGAAAUCUUGCCACCGAUUACGGCAGGCAGCGAGAGGAACUGAAGCAGUUGUGGGACAAACAGGCUGAGUGGUCACAACAAGACACGCUGAAAGGCCUGCUUGCGAAACAAAAGUCUCUUCUUGCUGCAGUUGAUAAAGAGCGCGAGGAACUCCAUCGUCGGUGGGCGGCACUUAACGAGGAGUAUCAAACAUUAGAAAGGCGCAACUCGCAGUUGCAUGAGCGAUGUGCCGUAAAAGAGGUAGAAAAUGCUCGACUUAUGGGUGUCCUGCGUGUGAAGCACAUAGCCCCCUCUACAUCCUCGAUUGGAAGCGAUAGCACUUGUAAUGACUGCUUCACUUCACAAACUGCCGAUACUCUGCGCCCGUUACAUAUUUCGUCGCCUUUUAGACCUUCUGUAGUUGUGCCAACGGCGCCUUCUACGGAUAAUACUGGGUCGCCGGAGGCCUGUGGAGGUUCCGCGUCCCAAACACCACAAAAGAGAACAAGCGGAAUCGUGACGGUUGCUACGACACCACUGAAUGAUCGACACGAUGAACCGGUCCCGCUAUGCGAAAAGCAUCCACAAGUGCUCGGGACACCAGAUUGGUCAAACAACGUUAGGAAAGUGCCCUCUAGGGUCACUGAUGCUGGAAAUGUGGUUGGAGAGGGCAGAAUGGUCCUGCCGCAGCAAGAACAAGAAGUAGUGCGGCACGGCGCUGAGGCAAUCCAUAGUUGUGGAGGUUCCCCACCAGCCUGCCCGAAUCCGUUAGCCGAGGGGUUAGGUGGUGGGACUGGCAACAUGCGCAGGGGAGUGGUCGCUUGA